AUGGUCCCGAUUACUGACACUGAUAUAUCCUUAACUCAAUUUGAAGGCACAAGUUUUUAUAAUCCGGCACCUUACGUUUCCACGCAGCAGUAUUUUGUAACUGAAGCCGCUGCUGUGGCUACAGCUACAUCGUCUCCUACUGUAUUUCAAACCCCAAACUUUCUCCCACCUUAUUGUGGAUUUACGUCAAACCUUACUGAGUUUAACAUGCUUCAUAUGUGUUAUCAACCUCUGAUUGAAAUAGCAUCACCUGGGACGGAUUCUUCCCCGACUGAAGCUUUUUACGGGUUCGCAAAUCGUUUGCAGCCUAUCUCAUCGUCAGGUACUCAUCCACAACAUUUCAAUAUGCCGCAGUCAUAUCCUCAGAAUCGCAAUGGGUAUAAUAUUGCUUCAGCAAUGUCCCGACCUGGUUCUGCUGCUGGGAAAAGGGGCGGGAGAAGACCGAAGGAGUGCGAGGAAUUCAUUUCAAGGCGAACUUCUCUGACUCAGUUUCAGAGGGCAGCGGACGUUACUCUUAGCGAAGAAGAGAAGGACAAGCGCGACAAAAGGCGGCUUCGGAAUAAAGAAGCUGCAGCAAGAUGUCGUCAGAGGAGAAUUGACCUUAUGGGUUCCUUACAGAACUCUUUUGGUGAAAUAGUAAAUGUUUUUAUUAUCCAAAUGGAAAAGGAAAAACAGGAUUGCUUUUAUUUUGAAACAGUAUUCGUUCAAUUUUAUCAGGUCGACGCUUUGAAGGCUGAGAACAAGGAAAAAGAUACGAAAAUUAAUCAGUUACAAAUGCUGAUUCUACUGAUCAAGCCAAUGGUCAUGAAGUUACUGUGGGGUCAUUUGCAACUGCUAAUAGGAUUGUUGUGUAUUAUAGGUAUAUUUGAAGGCUUGUUAGCGGAAUACAGGCGUCAAGGGGUGUUGCGCAUCGGGCGUUAUAAAGUGCUUAAUGUAAAACCGCCCUUGUUGUCUGGGGAUCUUUAUGGAUUUUUUGGUGGCUCGCACAUGGAUUCACAGCUCAUAAAAAAUGAACUCCUGAAUGUUAUUCGAGAACACCAUUGUGUUUUACCCGACUCGCUUCGGCAGUCUUUGGACGCAGAGUUGGCUAGCACAUAUGCACCCAGCAGCACAUCAUACGAGAUUGCAGCUGAGUUGCGGUUUGCAACACCUCCAGCAAUGGGUCGUCAGUCAAUGCUAAGCCGCAAAAGGCCUGCGAGCGACAUGGUAUCGGACUUCAGAAAUGGCAAUGAACAACUGGCGAACCAAACGUCAGCUAUGACCUUGAAUACGAAUCCGGUCAGCAUAGUUGCAAAGUCAUCCGUUCAAAUCAAACAAGAGCCGUCUUUCAAAGCAGACCCUACAUUGUUUGAUGUGAAUGGGCGGGAUCAUGUUGAAGACGAAGUGAAACGUCCUACUUCGCUGUUGGCAGAGUCUUUGCCGAUUACAAGUUCCAAUUAUAGUAGCAAUCUGAGCACAUCAGGCGUCCCGAUAACUACUCCUUCUAACAUUAGGUCGUGGGCAUAUUUUGGUAGUUGUGUUACUUUUGGGAUUGAGAGUGGACAAGUUGUUACUGCGGAAAGUCUGGCAUUUAUUAGUUGCAUGUUUUACUUCAUUUGUUGGAUUUCAUUUGUUAAAGUUGUUGUAAGAAUUGCUUUUUGGGUUUUGCAUUCCCACAAUGAAAUUGAUCAUAAUGGUGACAAAGAUCUGUGA